AUUUGUAUUUCUUUUUCGGCGAGCCGUGAACGUGAAGGAACGUUUCAUCGCGAUUCGCUUUUAAAUCCGUCUUAAUCGACGCGAAUUUGUUUUAUUUUAAUAAAUCAAAUUAAUAUAAUCCUUUAAAAAUGCCGCCUAAGUUCGAUCCUAACGAAGUUAAAAUCGUCUACCUGAGAUGUGUUGGUGGAGAAGUCGGUGCCACUUCAUCUUUGGCUCCCAAAAUCGGUCCCCUUGGUCUCUCCCCCAAGAAGGUCGGUGACGACAUUGCCAAGGCCACCGGAGACUGGAAGGGUCUUAAGAUCACAGUCCAGCUGACCAUCCAGAACAGACAGGCCACCAUCUCCGUGUGUCCCUCGGCCGCCUCCCUUGUCAUCAAGGCCCUGAAGGAGCCCCCACGUGACAGGAAGAAGCAGAAGAACAUCAAGCACAACGGCAACAUCACCAUGGAGGAGGUGACCAGCAUCGCCAAGGUGAUGAGGCCGCGCUCCAUGGCCCGCGAGCUGUCCGGCACCGUCAAGGAGGUGCUGGGAACCUGCCAGUCGGUCGGCUGCACCAUCGACGGCCGCGCGCCCCACGAUAUCAUCGACGAUAUCAACUCUGGAGCCGUGACUGUUGACGAAUAAACUAACUUUAAAAUACCGUA